AGUGACAACGGUGACAACUGUGACAACAGUGAAAAAUGGAGACAACAGUGACAACCCCGACAUCACUGAAAACACUGACAAUGGUGACAACGGUGAAAAUAGUGUCAACUGUGACAACAGUGAAAACGGUGAGAAGAGUGAAAACAGUAACAACAGUGACAACAAUGUCACCAGUGACAACGGUGACAACAGUGACAACAGUGACAACGGUGAUAGCAGUGACACCAGUGACAACGGUGACAACGGUGACAAUAGGGACAUCAGUGACAACUGUGACAACGGUGACAACGAUGACAAUGGUGACAACGGUGAGAACAGUGACAACGGUGACAACCAUGACCACAGUGACAACGGUGACAACAAUGACAACAGUGACAACGGUGAUAACAGUGACAACAGUGACAACGGUGACAACUGUGACAACAGUGAAAAAUGGAGACAACAGUGACAACCCCGACAUCACUGAAAACACUGACAAUGGUGACAACGGUGAAAAUAGUGUCAACUGUGACAACAGUGAAAACGGUGAGAAGAGUGAAAACAGUAACAACAGUGACAACAAUGUCACCAGUGACAACGGUGACAACAGUGACAACAGUGACAACGGUGAUAGCAGUGACACCAGUGACAACGGUGACAACGGUGACAAUAGGGACAUCAGUGACAACUGUGACAACGGUGACAACGAUGACAAUGGUGACAACGGUGAGAACAGUGACAACGGUGACAACCAUGACCACAGUGACAACGGUGACAACAAUGACAACAGUGACAACGGUGAUAACAGUGACAACAGUGACAACGGUGACAACUGUGACAAAAGUGAAAAAUGGAGACAACAGUGACAACCCCAACAUCACUGAAAACACUGACAAUGGUGACAACGGUGAAAAUAGUGACAACUGUGACAACAGUGAAAACGGUGAGAAGAGUGAAAACAGUAACAACAAUGUCACCAGUGACAAUGGUGACAUCAGUGACAACAGUGACAACGGUGAUAGCAGUGACACCAGUGACAACGGUGACAGCGGUGACUACAGUGACAACGGUGACAACGGUGACAAUAGGGACAUCAGUGACAACUGUGACAACAGUGACAACGGUGACAACCGUGCCAACAGUGACAACGGUGACAGCCGUGACAAGAGUGACAACGGUGACAACUGUGUCAACGGUGACAACAGUGACAACGGUGACGACAGAGACAACAGGGACAAUGGUGACAACGGUGAAAACGGUGUCAACAGUGACACCAGUGACAACUAUGACAACAGUGACAAUGGUGACACUGGUGUCAACGGUGACAACGGUGACUCUGGUGUCAAUGGUGACAACGGUGUCAACGGUGACAACAAUGAAAACAGUGACAACGGUGAAAUUGGUAAAAAUGGAGACAACAGUGACAAUGGCGAAAACAGUGACAAUAAGGAGAACGGUUUCAACGGUAACAAUGGUGACAACGGUGAAAAGAGUGGCAAUAGUAAAAAGGAAGGGAACGAUGACAACAGUAACAACGGUGACAGGGGUGAUGACGGUGACAACGGUUACCACAUCGACAACAGUAAAAACAUUGACAACAGUGACGACAGCGACAACGGUGCUACAGUGACAAUGGUUAAAACAGUGAAAACAGUGUCAACAGUGACAACAGUGACUCCAGUAAGAACGGUGACAAUGGCUACAAUGGUGACAACCGUGACAACAGUGACAACGGUGGCAAUGGUGACAACAGUGACAUCAGUGACAACAGUGACAACAGUGACAACGAUGACCACAUCGACAACAGUAAGAACAGUGACAACAGUGACAACAGUGACAACGGUGACAACAGUGACACCAGUGACAACAGUGACAACAGUGACAACAGUGACAACAGUGACAAAAGUGACAGCGCUACUAAAGUGACGCUGGUGACAACAGUGAAAACGGUGUCAACAGUGACAACAGUGACAACGGUGACAAUGGCGACAAUGGUGACAACCAUGACAACAGUGACAACGGUGGCAAAGGUGACAACAGUGACAUCAGUGGAAACUGUGACAACAGUGACAACGGUGAAAACCGUGAUAACCAUGACAAAAGUGAUAUUGGUGACAACGGUGUCAACGGUGACAACGGUGAAAACGGUGUUAACAGUGACAACAGUGACAACUCUGACAACACUGACAACGGUGACAACAGUGACAAUGGUGACAACCGUGAGAAAAGUGCCAACUGUGACAACGUUGUCAAUGCUGACGACAGUGUCACCGCUGUCACUAUUGUUACUUUUCUCACCGUUGUCAAUGUCAUUACCGUUGUAACUGUUGUUACCGUUAGCACCGUUGACACUGUUGUCACUGUUGUCACUGAUGUCACUGUUGUGUCUGUUGUCACAGUUGUCACUGUUGUGACUUUUGUGACUGUUGUGACUGUUGUCAAUGUUGUCACUGUGGUCAGUGUUGUUACCGUUGUCACUGUUGUCACUGUUGUCACUGUUGUCACUGUUGUUACCGUUGUCACCGUGGUCACCGUUGUCAGUGUUGUCACCAUUUUCACUGUCGUCACUGUUUUCACUUUUGUCACGGUUGUCACUGUUGCCACAGUUGUCACUAUUGUCGCUGUUGCAUCUCUUGUCAUUGUUGUCACCAUUGGCACCGUUGUAACUGUUGUCACUGUUGUUACUUUUUUUACCGUUGUCACCGUUGUCUCCCUUGUCAGUGUUGUCACCGUUGUCACAGUUGUCACUGUUGUCACUGUUGUCACCACUGUCACCGUUGUCACUGUUGUUACUGUUGUCACUGUUCUUACCAUUGUCACCUUUUCCUCCGUUUUCACCAAUUUCACCGUUGUCACUGUUUUCACUGUUAUCACUGUUGUCACCGUUGUCACUAUUGUCACUGUUGUCUCUGUUCUCACUGUUCUAACCACUGUCACCGUUGUCACUGUUGUUGCUUCUGUCACUGUUGUCACCAUUGUGACCAUUGUCUUCGUUGUCAGUGUUGCCACUGAUGUCACUGUCGUCACCGUUGUCACCGUUGUCACUGUUGUCACCAUUGUCACAUUUGUCCCUGUUGUCACCGUGGUCAUUGUGGUCACCGUUGUCACCGUUGUCACUGUUUUCACUGUGGUCACCGUUGUCACUGUUGUCACUGUUCCCACCGUUGUCACCAUUGUCACUGUUGUCACCGUUAACACCAUUGUCACCGUUGUCACUGUUGUAAAGGUUGUCGCCAUUGUCACCGUUGUCACCGUUGUCACCGUUGUCACCGUUGUCACUUUUGUCACAGUUGUCACUGUUGUCAGUGUUGUCACCGUUGUCAACGUUGUCACCGUUGUCACCGUUGUCACUUUUGUCACAGUUGUCACUGUUGUCAGUGUUGACACAGUUUUCACAGUUGUCACCGUUGUCACUGUUUUCUCUCCUUUCACCUUUCUCACUGUUUUCACUGUUGACACCGUUGUCACAGUUGUCACGGUUGUUACUGUUGUUAUCGUUUUCACCGUUGUCACUGUUGUCACCGUUCUCACUGUUAUUACUGUACUCACUGUUGUUAGCGUUGUCAUCGUUGUCACCGUUGUCAGUCUUGUCGUUGACGGUGACAACUGUGACAACAGUGACAAUGGUGACAAUGGUAACAACAGUGACAACAGUGACAACGGUGAAAUUGGUAAAAACGGACACUAUGGUGACGACAGUAACAACAGUGUCAACGGUGAAAAUGGUGACAACAGUGACAAUAGUGAAAACAGUGUCAACGGUGACAACACUGACAACUGUGACAACGGUAACAACUGUGACAACAGUAACAACAGUGACAACAGUUACCACCGUGACAAUGGUGACAACAGUGACAACAGUAACCAAAGUUGUAACAGCGACAAUAGUGACAACGGUGGCAACAGUGACAACAGUGACAACAGUAACAACAGUGACAAAGGUAACGACAUUGACAACGGUGACAACGGUGACAACGGUAACAACAGUGACAACAGUAGCAACAGUGACAACGGUGACAGUGCCGACAACACUUACAACAGUGACAACAUUGGCAACAGAUUGAAUAGUGAGAACGGUGACAACAGUGACAACAGUGACAAUGGUGAUACUGUUGUCACUUUAUUCACUGUUGUCACCGUUGUCACUGGUGUCACUGUUGCGACAGUUGCCACUGUUGUCACUGUUGUCACAGUUGUCACUGUUGCCACAGUUGACACUGUUGUCACCGUUGUCACCAUUGUCACCAUUGUCACCGUUUUCACUGUUGUCACAGUUGUCACUGUUCUUACUGUUGACACCGUUGUCACCGUUGUCACCGUUGUCAGCGUCAUCACCUUUGUCACCAUUGUUACUCUUUUCACCGUUGUCAAUGUUAUUACCGUUGUAACUGUUGUUACCGUUAGCACCGUUGUCACUGUUGUCACUGUUGUCACUGUUUUUACCGUUGUCAAUGUUGUCACCGUUGUUACUGGUGUCACCAAUGUCAAUGUUGUUACCGUUGACACUGUUGUCUCUUUUUCACCGUUGUCACCGUUGUCACUGUCGUCACCAUUGUAAGCGUUGACACCUUUGUCACAAUUGUCACUGACACCAAGACAUCAGAGACAACUGUGACAACAGUGAAAACGGUGACAACAGUUACAACGGUGACAACCGUGACAACAGUGACAACAGUGACAACUGGACAACAGUGACAACGGUGACAAUGGUGACAACAGUGACAACAGUGACAAUAAGUGCAAGAGUGACAAUAGUGACUAAGGUGUCAACGGUGACAGCGGUAACAACAGUGACAACAGUGACAACGGCGACAACGGUUAAAACGAGACAACAGUGUCAACGGUAACAACAUUGACAUUGGUGACAACAGUAACAACGGUGAGAACAGUGACAACAUUGACAACGGUAAAAACAGUGACAACAGUAACAACAGUGACAACGGUGCUAAUGGUAACAACAGUUACAAUGGUAAUGACAUUGACAACGGUGAGAAGAGUAACAAUGGUGACAACGGUGACGACGCUGACAACGUUGACAAUGGUGACAACGGACACAAUGGUGUCAACGGUGACAACAGUGAGAACUGUGACAACAGUGAAAACGGUGACAACGGUGACAAAGGUGUCAACAGUGACAACAGUGAUAACUGUUACAAUAGUGAAAAUGGUAACAACGGUGACAGCGGUGACAACCGUGACAACGGUGACAAUAGUGACAACACCGACAACAGUGACAAAAGUAACAACAGUGUCAACACCAACAACGGUGACAACGGUAAAAACAGUGAAAAACGGUGACAACAGUGACCACCCAGACAACACUGAAAACACUGACAACGCUGACAACAGUGACAACUGUGACAACAGUGACAACUGUAAAAACAGUGACAACAGUGAAAAUGGUGACAACAAUGACAACAGUGACAACGGCGACAACAGUGACAACAGUGACAUCAGUGACACCAGUGACAAUGGUGAUAACAAUGACAACAGUGACAACAGCGACAAUGGUGCUACAAUGACAACACAAAAACGGUCCAACAGUGACAACGGUGACACCGGUGAAAAGAGUAAAACGGUGACAACGAUGCAACAAUGACAACGGUGACAACAGUUACAACGGGGACAAAAGGGACAACAGUGAUAACGGUGACAACAGUGACAACGGUGACAACAUUGACAUCAGUGACAACGAUGACAACAGUGAAAAUGGUGACAACCGUGAUAACAGUGAGAACGGUGACAACAGUGACAAUAUCAACAUCAGUGACAACUGUGACAACAGUGACAACGGUGACAACGGUGUAGACGGUGACAACACUGACAACAGUGACAACAGAGACAACAGUGACAACUGUGACACCGGUGAAAACGGUGUCAACAGUAACAACAGUGACAACUGUGACAACAGUGACAACGGCGACAACAGUGAAAAUGGUAACAACCGUGAGACCAGUGACAACGGUGACAGUAGUGUCAAUGGUGACAAAGGUGCCAACGGUUACAACAGAAACACUGGUGACACCGGUGGGAACAGUGACAAAAGUGACAACAGGAACAAAUGACAACAUUGACAACAUUGACAACAGUGAGAUCAGUGACAAUGGUAACCACGGUGACAACGGUGACAACGGUGACCAUGGUGACCACGGUGACAACAGUGACAAAGGUGACAACAGUGACAACACUGACAAAGGUGACAACGGUGACAACGGUAACAACACUGACAACAGUAACAACAGUGACAACAGUGACAGUGGUGACAACAGUGACAACAGAGACAACAGUGGCAACAGUGACAAUUGUGACAACGGUGACAACAGUGACAAGAGUGACAACAGUGACAAGAGUGACAACUGGACAACAGUGACAACGGUUACAAUGGUGACAACAGUGACAACUGUGACAACAGUUGCAACAGUGACAAUAGUGACAACGGUGACAACAGUGAAAACGGUGACAACAGUGACAACUGUGACAAAACUGACAACGGUGACAAUGGUGACAACAGUGACAAAAGUGACAACAGUGACAACAAGUGCAAGAGUGACAAUAGUGACAAAGGUGUCAACGGUUACAAUGGUGACAACCGUGACAAUGGUAACAACAGUGACAACAGUGACAACGGUGACAACAUUGACAUCGGUGACAACAGUAACAACGGUGACAACAGUGACAACAUUGACAACGGUAAAAACAGUGACAGCAGUAACAACAGUGACAACGGUGCUAAUGGUAACAACAGUUACAAUGGUAAUGACAUUGACAACGGUGAGAAGGGUUACAAUAAUGACAACGGUGACGACCCUGACAACGUUGACAAUGGUGACAACGGAGACAAUGGUGUCAACAGUGACAACAGUGACAACUGUUACAACAGUGAAAACGCAAACAACGGUGACAACGGUGACAACCGUGAAAAUAGUGACAACUGUGACAACAGUGACAACGGUGACAAUAGUGACAACAGUGACAACAGUAACAACAGUGAAAACGGUGACGACAGUGACAACUGUGACAACAGUGACAAUAGUGACAACACUGACAACAGUGAGAAAAGUGACAACGGUGUCAACAGUGAGAACGGCGGCAACAGUGACGACAGUGAACACCAACAACGGUGACAACGGUAAAAACAGUGAAAAACGGUGACAACAGUGACCACCCCGACAACACUGAAAACACUGACAACGCUGACAAUAGUGACAACUGUGAAAACAGUGACAACAGUAAAAAUGGUGACAACAAUGACAACAGUGACAACGGUGACAACAGUGACAACAGUGACAACAGUGACAACGGUGACAACGGUGACAACAGUGACAUUUGUGACAGCGGUGACAACGGUGACAAUAGUGACAUAGGUGAAAACGGUGACAACGGUGACAACAGUGAGAACAGUCACAACAGUGAAAACAGUGACAACAGUGAGAAAGGUGACGAUAGUGACAAUAGUGACAAUAGUGAAAAAAGUGAAACUGGUGAAAACACCAAAACAGUGACACGGUGACAACGGUGAAAUCAGUGACAACGGUGAAAACAGUGACAAUAGUGACAACGGUGACAGCAGUGACAAUGGUGACGACAGUGACAACAGUGACAAUGGUGACAACAGUGAAACUGGUGAAAACACCGACACAGUGACACGGUGACAACGGUAAAAUCAGUGGCAAUGGUGACAACAGUGACAACAGUGACAACGGUGAGAGCAGUGACAAUGGUGACAACAGUGACAACAUUGACAAUGGUGAUAACAGUGAAUUUGGUGACAACACUGACAACGGUGAUAACGGUGACAACAGUGACAACAGUAACUACAGUAACAACGGUGACAACAGUGAAAAUGGUGACGACAGUGACAACAGUGACAACGGUGACAACAGUGAAAUUGGUGACAACACUGACAACGGUGACAACGGUGACAACUGUAACAACAGGGACAACAGUGACAACAGUGAAAAAUGUGACAACGGUUACAACACUGACAUCACCGACAACACCAACAACACUGAUAAUGGUGACAACAGUAACAACAGUAGACAAGAGUGACAACAGUGACAACGGCGACAACAGUGACGACAGUGACAACACCAACAACGGUGACAACGGUGAAAACAGUGAAAAACGGUGACAACAGUGACCACCCUGACAACACUAAAAACACUGACAACGCUGACAAUAGUGACAACUGUGACAACAGCGACAACUGUGACAACAGUGACAACAGUGACAAUGGUGACAACAAUGACAACAGUUACAACGGUGACAACAGUGACAACAUUGACAACGGUGACAACAGUGACACCAGUGACAAUGGUGAUAACACUGACAACAGUGAGAGCAGUGACAACAGCGACAAUGGUGCUACAAUGACAACACGACAACUGUUUAACAGUGACAACAGUGAAACUGGUGAAAAGAGUGAAAACGUUGACGACGAUGCAACAAUGACAACGGUGACAACGGUGACAACAGUGACAUUUGUGACAACAGUGAAAACAGUGACAACGGUGACAACAGUGACAAUGGUGACGAUAGUGACAACAGUGACAAUGGUGACAACAGUGAAACUGGUGACAAUACCGAAACAAUGACACGGUGACAACGGUAAAAACAGUGACAACAGUAACAAUAUUGACAACAGUAAAAAAAGUGACAACAGUGACAAUGGUGACGACAGUGACAACAGUGACAAUGGUGACAACAGUGAAACUGGUGACAACACUGACAACGGUAAUAACGGUGACAACUGUGAAAACAGUGACAACAGUGACAACAGUAACAACAGUUACAACGGUGACAACAGUGAAAAUGGUGACAACUGUGACAACGGUGAAAACGGUGUCAACAGCGACAACAGUGACAACUGUGAGAACAGUGACAGCGAUGACAACGGUGACAAUGAUGACAACCGUGACAACAAUAACAACGGUGAGAACAGUGUCAACGCUGACAACAGUAAGAACGGUGAGAACGGUGACAAGAGUGACAUCAGUGACAACAGUGACCACAAUGACAACAGUGACAACAGUGACAACAGUAACAAUGGUGACAACGGUGACAAUAUUGACAUCAGUGACAACUGUCAUAACAGUGACAACGGUGACAACGGUGACAACGGUGACAACAGUGUCAAAAGUUGAAAACCAUGACAACAGUGACAACGGUGACAACGGUGUAGACAGUAAGAACACUGACAACAGUCACAACUGUGACAACUGUGAAAACGGUGUCAACAGUAACAACAGUGAAACUGGUGACAACACUGACAACAGUAAUAACGGUGACAACUGUGAAAACAGUGACAACAGUGACAACAGUAACAACAGUUUCAACGGUGACAACAGUGAAAAUGGUGACGACAGUGACAACAGUGACAACGGUGACAACAGUGAAAUUGGUGACAACACUGACAACGGUGACAACGGUGACAACUGUAACAACAGGGACAACAGUGACAACAGUGAAAACAGUGACAAUGGUUACAACACUGACAUGACAAACAACACUGACAACACUGAUAACGGUGACAACAGUAACAACUGUGAAAAGAGUGACAACAUCAAAACUGGUGAAAACACUGUCAACGGUGACAACAGUGACAACAGUGACAACAGUGACAACAGUGACAGCGUGACAACUGUGACAACGGUGAAAACGGUGUCAACAGCGACAACAGUGACAACUGUGACAACAGUGACAGCGAUGACAACGGUGACAAUGAUGAGAACCGUGAAAACAGUAACAACGGUGAGAACAGUGUCAACCCUGACAACAGUAACAACGGUGAGAACGGUGACAAGAGUGACAUCAGUGACAACAGUGACCACAAUGACAACAGUGACAACAGUGACAACAGUAACAAUGGUGACAACGGUCACAACAUUCACAUCAGUGACAACGGUGACAACAGUGAAAACGGUGACAACCAUGACCACAGUGAGAACGGUGACAACGGUGACAAUAUUGACAUCAGUGACAACUGUCACAACAGUGACAACGGUGACAACGGUGACAACAGUGUCAAAAGUUGAAAACCGUGACAACAGUGACAUUGGUGACAACGGUGUAGACAGUAAGAACAUUGACAACAGUGACAACAGAGACAACAGUGACAACUGUGACAACUGUGAAAACGGUGUCAACAGUAACAACAGUGACAACUGUGACAACAGUGACAAUUGUGACAACAGUGAAAAGGGUAACAACCCUGAGACCAGUGACAACGGUGACGGUACUAUCAACGGUGACAACAGUGAAAAGAGUGAAAACGGUGACAAUGAUGCAACGGUGACAACGGUGACAACGGUGACAACAGUGACCAUGGUGAGAAAAGUGAUAACAGUAAAAACACCAACAACGGUGACAACAGCAACAACGGUAACAACAGAGACAACAGUGACGACAGUGACAACGGUGAUAACAGUGACAGCAGUAAAAACACCGACAAUGGCGAUAAUGGUGACAAAAGUGACAACGGUGACAACGGUGACAACAGUGACAACAGUGACAAUAGUGAAAACAGUGAUAAUGGUGACAAAAGUGACAACGGUGACAACGGUGACAACAGUGACAUUAGUAACAACGGUGACAACAGUGGCAACAGUGAAAACGGUGACAACUGUGACAACAGUGACAACGGUGACAAAGGAGACAACGGUGACAACAGUGACAUCAGUGACAAAGGUGACAACAGUGACAUGAGUGACAAUGGCGACAACAUUGACAUCAGUGACAACAGUGACAACGGUGAUAACAGUGACAACAGUGACAACGGUGAUAACAGUGACAACAGUGACAACAGUGACAACGGUAACAACAGUGACAACGGUGACAAUGCUGACAAUGGUAACAAAAGUGACAAUGGUGACAGUGGUAACAACAGUGACAACAGUGACAACAGUGGCAACAGUGACAAUAGUGACAACAGUGACAACAGUGCCAACAGUGACAAUAGUGACAACAGCGGCAACAGUGACAACAGUGACAACAGUGACACCGGUGUCAACAGUGAGAAUGGUGACGACAGUGACAACGGUGACAACAGUGAAACUGGUGAAAACACUGGCAACGGUGACAACGGUGACAACUGUAACAACAGGGACAACAGUGACAACAGUGAAAAAUGUGACAACGGUUACAACACUGACAUCACUGACAACAUUAACAACACUGAUAAUGGUGACAACAGUAACAACAGUAGACAAGAGUGACAACAGUGACAACGGCGACAACAGUGACGACAGUGACAACACCAACAACGGUGACAACGGUGAAAACAGUGAAAAACGGUGACAACAGUGACCACCCCGACAACACUAAAAACACUGACAACGUUGACAAUAGUGACAACUGUGACAACAGCGACAACUGUGACAACAGUGACAACAGUGACAAUGGUGACAACAAUGACAACAGUUACAACGGUGACAACAGUGACAACAUUGACAACGGUGACAACAGUGACACCAGUGACAAUGGUGAUAACACUGACAACAGUGACAGCAGUGACAACAGCGACAAUGGUGCUACAAUGACAACAGGACAACUGUUUAACAGUGACAACAGUGAAACUGGUGAAAAGAGUGAAAACGGUGACGACGAUGCAACACUGACAACGGUGACAACGGUGACAACAGUGACAUUUGUGACAACGGUGACAACGGUGACAACAGUGACAACGGUGACAACAGUGACAACAGUGACAACAGUCACAACAGUGAAAACAGUGACAACGGUGACAACAGUGAGAAUGGCGACGAUAGUGACAACAGUGACAAUGGUGACAACAGUGAAACUGGUGACAACACCGACACAAUGACACGGUGACAACGGUGAAAACAGUGACAACAGUAACAAUAUUGACAACAGUAAAAAAAGUGACAACAGUGACAAUGGUGACGACAGUGACAACAGUGACAAUGGUGACAACAGUGAAACUGGUGACAACACUGACAACGGUAAUAACGGUGACAACUGUGAAAACAGUGACAACAGUGACAACAGUAACAACAGUUACAACGGUGACAACAGUGAAAAUGGUGACGACAGUGACAACAGUGACAACGGUGACAACAGUGAAAUUGGUGACAACACUGACAACGGUGACAACGGUGACAACUGUAACAACAGGGACAGCAGUGACAACAGUGAAAACAGUGACAAUGGUUACAACACUGACAUCACAAACAAGUAACCCUGACAACAGUGUCAACGGUGACAACGGUAACACCGGUGACACCAGUGGGAACAGUGACAACAGUGACAACAGGAACAAGUGACAACAUUGACAACAGUGACAACAGUGAGAUCAGUGACAAUGUUGACCACGGUGACAACGGUGACAACAGUGACCACGGUGACCACGGUGACCACAGUGACAACAGUGACAAAGGUGACAACGGUGACAACAAUGACAACGGUGACAACAUUGUUAUCACUGACAACACUGACAAAGGUGACAACGGUGACAACGGUAACAACACUGAGAACAGUAACAACAGUGACAACAGUUACAGUGGUGACAACAGUGACAACAGAGACAACAAUGGCUACUGUGACAAUUGUGACAAUGGUGACAACAGUGACAAGAGUGAGCAGUGACAACAGUGACAACAGUGACAACUGGACAACAGUGACAACGGUGACAAUGAUGACAACAGUGACAAGAGUGACAACAGUGAGAACAGUUGCAACUGUGACAAUAGUGACAACGGUGACAACAGUGAAAACGGUGACAACAGUGACAACUGUGACAAAAGUGACAACGGUGACAAUGGUGACAGCAGUGACAACAGUGACAGCAAUGACAACAAGUGCAAGAGUGACAAUAGUGACAAAGGUGUCAACGGUUACAAUGGUGACAACGGAAACAACGGUGACAACGGUAACAACAGUGACAACAGUGACAACGGUGACAACGGUGAAAACGAGACAACAGUGUCAACGGUAACAACAUUAACAUCGGUGACAACAGUAACAACGGUGACAACAGUGACAACAUUGACAACGGUAAAAACAGUGACAACAGUAACAACAGUGACAACGGUGCUAAUGGUAACAACAGUUACAAUGGUAAUGACAUUGACAACGGUGAGAAGAGUAACAAUGGUGACAACGGUGACGACGCUGACAACGUUGAUAAUGGUGACAACGGACACAAUGGUGUCAACGGUGACAACAGUGACAACGGUGACAAUAGUGACAACAGUGACAACGGUGACAACAGUGACAACGGUGACAACACUGACAACAGUGAGAAGGGUGACAACGGUAACAACAGGGAAAACAGUGACAACAGUGACAACAGUGACAACGGUGACAACAAUGACAACAGUGACAACGGUGAUAACAGUGGCAACAGUGACAAAAGUGACAACUGUGACAACAGUGAAAAAUGGAGACAACAGUGACAACCCCGACAUCUCUGAAAACACUGACAAUGGUGACAACGGUGAAAAUAGUGACAAUUGUGACAAGAGUGAAAACGGUGAGAAGAAUGAAAACAGUAACAACAGUGACAACAAUAUCACCAGUGACAACGGUGACAACAGUGACAACAGUGACAACGGUGAUAGCAGUGACACCAGUGACAACGGUGACAACGGUAACAACAGUGACAACGGUGACAACGGUGACAAUAGGGACAUCAGUGACAACUGUGACAACAGUGACAACGGUGACAACGGUGACAACAGUGACAACGGUGACAACCGUGACAACAGUGACAACGGUGACAACCGUGUCAACGGUGACAACAGUGACAACGGUAACAACAAUGACAACAGUGACAACGCUGACAACGGUGACAACGGUGACAACAGUGACAACAGUGACAACAGUGACAGCAGCGAAAACGGUAACAACGAACAAGGGGUUACAGGCGGUUACAAGGGGUUACAGGGGGUUACAAGGGGUUACAAGAGGUUACAAGGGAUGACAGGGGGUGACAACGCGUUACAGGGGGGUACAAAGGACUAUAGAAUACUUUUUUCUAACUAGAACGUUCCCAGAUACUUUUUCUUGGUCCAUUUUGCAUAAAAUUCAAAGUUAAAGAAAUCUCAUUUUUUUGUCCAAAACGAUGGAUUAACCCCUUUGAAAAAAUUCUAAUUUUGCGUUUUUCGUACACAGUUGUUUUUAUAGUCUUUAAAGGCUUUUUUUUAUAUACAACGUCAGACACACUUUUUCUUGAUCUAUUUUUGAUAAAAACAAAAGAUGAAAAAACUUCAACUUUUUGACCAAAAUCAUGGACUAUCCCCUUUGCAAAAAUGCCAAUUUUGCCUCCUAUUUAAAUCCAUGUUUAUAUUGUCUAGAAAGGCUUGUUUUUUAACGAGAACGUCACCAAAUACUUUUUCUGGCUGCAUUUUGCAUAAAACGAAACGUUCACAACAUUUCAAAUUUUUGACCAAAACCAUGGACUAACCCCUUUGCAAAAAUGGCAAUUUUGUGGGUUUUUGAAACCGAUAUUUUUUUUGUUCAGAAAUGCUUGUUUGCUAUAUAAAACGUCGAAAAGAUUUUUUUCACGGUUUAUUUUCACGCUCUAUGACAUGGGAAUAAGAGGGGUUGCAAGAGGUUACAGGGGGUUACAGGGGAUUCCAAGGGGUUACAGUUGGUUACAAGAGGUUAAAUAACAAUUAUUCACCGAAGUGGAGGUGGCUAGUCUUGGAUAUUUACCGAACUGCGAAGCAGUGAGGUAGAUAUCCACGACUAGCCACCGACACUGAGGUGAAUAAUUGUUUUAGUAUAUACUAAAACUGACAAUGGUGACGACAGUGACAACAGUGACAAUGGUGACAACAGUGAAACUGGUGACAACACUGACAACGGUAAUAACGGUGACAACUGUGAAAACAGUGACAACAGUGACAACAGUAACAACAGUUACAAAGGUGACAACAGUGAAAAUGGUGACGACAGUGACAACAGUGACAACGGUGACAACAGUGAAAUUGGUGACAACACUGACAACGGUGACAACGGUGACAACUGUAACAACAGGGACAGCAGUGACAACAGUGAAAACAGUGACAAUGGUUACAACACUGACAUCACAAACAAGUAACCCUGACAACAGUGUCAACGGUGACAACGGUAACACCGGUGACACCAGUGGGAACAGUGACAACAGUGACAACAGGAACAAGUGACAACAUUGACAACAGUGACAACAGUGAGAUCAGUGACAAUGUUGACCACGGUGACAACGGUGACAACAGUGACCACGGUGACCACGGUGACCACAGUGACAACAGUGACAAAGGUGACAACGGUGACAACAAUGACAACGGUGACAACAUUGUUAUCACUGACAACACUGACAAAGGUGACAACGGUGACAACGGUAACAACACUGAGAACAGUAACAACAGUGACAACAGUUACAGUGGUGACAACAGUGACAACAGAGACAACAAUGGCUACUGUGACAAUUGUGACAAUGGUGACAACAGUGACAAGAGUGAGCAGUGACAACAGUGACAACAGUGACAACUGGACAACAGUGACAACGGUGACAAUGAUGACAACAGUGACAAGAGUGACAACAGUGAGAACAGUUGCAACUGUGACAAUAGUGACAACGGUGACAACAGUGAAAACGGUGACAACAGUGACAACUGUGACAAAAGUGACAACGGUGACAAUGGUGACAGCAGUGACAACAGUGACAGCAAUGACAACAAGUGCAAGAGUGACAAUAGUGACAAAGGUGUCAACGGUUACAAUGGUGACAACGGAAACAACGGUGACAACGGUAACAACAGUGACAACAGUGACAACGGUGACAACGGUGAAAACGAGACAACAGUGUCAACGGUAACAACAUUAACAUCGGUGACAACAGUAACAACGGUGACAACAGUGACAACAUUGACAACGGUAAAAACAGUGACAACAGUAACAACAGUGACAACGGUGCUAAUGGUAACAACAGUUACAAUGGUAAUGACAUUGACAACGGUGAGAAGAGUAACAAUGGUGACAACGGUGACGACGCUGACAACGUUGAUAAUGGUGACAACGGACACAAUGGUGUCAACGGUGACAACAGUGACAACGGUGACAAUAGUGACAACAGUGACAACGGUGACAACAGUGACAACGGUGACAACACUGACAACAGUGAGAAGGGUGACAACGGUAACAACAGGGAAAACAGUGACAACAGUGACAACAGUGACAACGGUGACAACAAUGACAACAGUGACAACGGUGAUAACAGUGGCAACAGUGACAAAAGUGACAACUGUGACAACAGUGAAAAAUGGAGACAACAGUGACAACCCCGACAUCUCUGAAAACACUGACAAUGGUGACAACGGUGAAAAUAGUGACAAUUGUGACAAGAGUGAAAACGGUGAGAAGAAUGAAAACAGUAACAACAGUGACAACAAUAUCACCAGUGACAACGGUGACAACAGUGACAACAGUGACAACGGUGAUAGCAGUGACACCAGUGACAACGGUGACAACGGUAACAACAGUGACAACGGUGACAACGGUGACAAUAGGGACAUCAGUGACAACUGUGACAACAGUGACAACGGUGACAACGGUGACAACAGUGACAACGGUGACAACCGUGACAACAGUGACAACGGUGACAACCGUGUCAACGGUGACAACAGUGACAACGGUAACAACAAUGACAACAGUGACAACGCUGACAACGGUGACAACGGUGACAACAGUGACAACAGUG